GUAGAUUUGUUGUUCGGGUUUAAUUUGAGUAUACCAACUUUCGUAGCGUCACACUUUUCCUGAACAAGAAAAGAUCUCGGAAAAAUCAGCAAAAUGUUGGCUGUCAUUUCCUCGUUCUCUCUUGGUUGGAAGCGGCACAUCCACCGAUGCACGCUGCACGAGGCGCGAAGCUUUUCUGGGGCAGCGGGUGUGGGUGCCUUUCGCCGCAAAACGUCCGUUGCACCAGGAGUUUCCGCCGAUGAGGCUUGGGCUGCCACAAAGGAUAUUCAUGGUCAAAAGCCGAAAGACGCGUUUUCUGCUUGCACUACUGCUCAACACGAAUCCACGAAAAAUAAGAAGGUGGUGGACAUUAUGUCAGUUCCUGGUGGUGCUUUGCCGAAGCUGCUGAAUAUGGAGGUCGUGAACAACGCUCCAGACUGCGGUCGCGGAGCCGAACAAGAAGGCGACUCUCACGUCAGGCACAUGGUUCAAGAGCUACGUGUGGGUUUCGUCGGAUUGGGCAAGAUCGGUGCAGCCAUGGCCCGGAACAUGAACAAGGCUGGCGUGAAAUCUCUAUGCGGCUACGAUCCAGGUCUGCCGGCCGAGUCCGAUCUUCACUCUAAAAUUGCCGUUUUCGAUCAACCUGGAGAAGCGCUGUCUCGCGUAUUCAGCGAGUCUGAAGUGAUCAUUUCUGCCCUGCCCAACGAUGCCGCGGUGGAGAAAGCUUUCCUCAAAUCUCCUGAUCAUGGCAAAGAAGGAUCCUUGAUUUCUCAGCUUCCACGUAAUUCUGUUCAUAUUUCAGUGUCCACGAUCAGUCCAGCACUCGCGGCGCGCCUCGCGGCUGCGCAUGCAGAGUUCGGAUCUUUCUUUAUAUCCGCACCAGUUUUCGCACGCCCCGAUGGACUUGCCAAGAGGGAGGCUUUCUUCCCGAUGGCUGGCCAGGCGGACCUCAUUC